AUGCAAGACAAAUACAAAGAGCUAAAGUUCCAGAACGUGGACGAGGUCAGAGCCGCCCUCGGAAAACUCACGCCAGAAGACGCCUCUUUGAAGGAGUCCCUCCUGAGAUGCUACAUCCUCAACCUCAUCCUGUACAAGCAGCUGGAUGAGAGGCACCCGAUCAAAAAGACGCUGAUUACGCUGAGCGUCUACAUAGACCUCAUGGAAAAGGCCGAGAAGGCAGAAACCCCCGCAGGCUCCAACAUCAUCCAGGAGGCAGAGGAGGACCUGCUCCUCCCGGAAAAAGAGGAAAGACGGCCGAUAAACUACACGAUGGAAAAGAACAAAAUCUACACGGAGAAGCGAACUGCUCUAAACCCCGAGCAAAGAAACCCGCGAAUCAAGAACAAGCGAAGGUACCAGGACGCACACAAUCUUGCAGAGAAAGUCAGAAAAGACCACCCAAAACUCCACAAGCGAUAG